AUGGCUCCUGCGACUCAAUACGAACUUUCACCGCCCCCAACCGACGCGGUCUCGGCGAUCGCGUUUGCGCUGUCCUCUGGAACCAAGCUCCUUGUCUCAUCAUGGGAUAAGAAGGUGUAUUGCUACGAUAUCGCAGGUGGAGCUGGCGAGGCGACUCUCGUCAACACAUACGAACACCGGGCGCCAGUCUUGGAUGUUUGCUUCGGCGCCAAUGAUAAUGAAGCUUUUACUGCUGGCGUGGAUUGGUGUGUUAACAAAAUCGACUUGGAGACUGGUGAGAAGACCUUGCUGAGCAAGCAUGCUGCGCCGGUGCGAUCUAUAGCCUACAGUCCAAAGUUUUCAAUCUUGGUCUCCGCGUCUUGGGAUUGCAGCUUGAACCUCCAUAACCUCAGCGAUCCUUCAAGCACUCCCAUAAGGGUCUCCCUCCCCGGCAAGCCCCAUGCGCUGGCUGCUAGUCCUACAAAGAUCGUGGUUGCCAUGGCCGGCCGUGUUAUUAACAUCUACGACCUGAAGACCAUUGUCGACCUAUUCGCAACUGGCUCAUCUGACCUGCAGCCAUGGCAACAACGUGAAUCAUCUCUGCGAUAUUUGACACGCGCAGUGUCCUGCAUGCCCAAUGAUGCCGGCUACGCCACUAGCAGUAUUGAAGGCCGUGUUGCAGUUGAGUGGUUUGAGGACACAGCCGAGUCCCAGGCUCGAAAGUACGCCUUCAAGUGCCACCGACAAGCAGCACCAGAUGGUGAUGGUGAUAUUGUUUAUCCCGUAAAUGCUCUCGCCUUCCACCCUGUUCAUGGAACAUUUGCUUCAGGGGGUGGCGAUGGCACUGCUGCUUUGUGGGAUGCAGAAGCAAAGCGACGACUUAAACAGUACCAGAAAUUCCCCAACAGCGUUGCUGCGCUUGCUUUCUCAAGUGACGGGAGAUAUCUUGCCGUGGGUGUUUGCCCCGGUUUUGAAACUGGCCAGGAGGACUACAGCGGUGCCGGACAGACAUCGGUAUUGAUCCGUGAGCUUGGUGAGAACGAAGCCAAGGGUAAGGGGGCCAAAUAGGCGGGAACGUGUUGGACAGUCUUGUUAUCCCAAAAGGCGUUCUGGUGGUUGCGGG